GGCUGCAAACGGGGCCUGAGCUUGUUGCUGCGUAACGGAGAGCUCUUGAAUCCCCUGCCCCGUCCCAGAACAGGUCAGGGGCGCUGCCCCUCAGCCCUGGCCCUUGGUACCACAUGGUGCAGUGCGCGUUCCUAGCCAGGAGCUGUUUGCUACAUCUCCAGGAAUGCAAGAGAGUUGAGCCACUAGGAUACCGUUCCUUGGCUCCGAACCAAGCCAAGAGCUGGUCAGUGGCACGCAGGUUCUUGGAUCCGCUGGGGCGCCGGGUGUGACCGGAAUCCAGGCCAUGACCGGCAGAGGAACCGCCAGGCCGAAUGGUCAGUCCCAAGCUAGUAAAAUCUGUCAGUUUAAGCUAGUGCUGCUGGGCGAGUCCGCGGUGGGGAAGUCCAGUCUGGUGCUGCGCUUCGUGAAGGGUCAGUUCCACGAAUACCAGGAGAGCACCAUUGGGGCGGCGUUUCUCACACAGUCCGUCUGCCUGGAUGACACAACAGUCAAGUUUGAGAUCUGGGACACGGCUGGCCAGGAGCGAUAUCACAGUCUGGCCCCCAUGUAUUACCGGGGGGCACAAGCUGCCAUUGUGGUCUAUGACAUCACCAACCAGGAAACAUUUGCCCGAGCGAAGACAUGGGUGAAAGAGCUGCAGCGGCAAGCCAGCCCCAGCAUUGUCAUAGCCCUAGCGGGCAACAAGGCCGACCUCGCCAACAAGCGCAUGGUAGAAUAUGAAGAGGCACAAGCCUAUGCAGAUGACAACAGCCUAUUGUUCAUGGAGACGUCGGCCAAGACCGCGAUGAAUGUUAACGAUCUCUUCCUGGCAAUAGCCAAGAAGCUGCCAAAGAGCGAGCCCCAGAGCACGGGUGGCGUGGCGGGACGGAACCGAGGGGUGGACCUCCACGAGCAGACCCAGCAGAACAAGAGCCAGUGUUGUAGCAACUGAAGGGUGGCGUUCGAGAGCGAGGCCGGCGCGAGACGACGAGCUAAGAGAGACCCUCCAUUCCCACCCCCGUCCACCACACUUCACCUCCCCUAACACCGGCGCACCGACCCCUCCCGGCGCCUCUAACUGCACUUUUUAAUGCUUCAGAACCACCGCCAGACAUCUGUUCCCACCACGCCAGUGCCAGUGGAACCAGAUCGACCGGGGACUUAACUUCCAAAAAACAAACUCUUCACUUUGUAUUAUAGGUGCAAAUAGCUACCUAAUUCUGAUUGAUUCCCCGUCUCCUUCUCCCAGAUAAUUCCUCCCUCCCCCCACCCUCUCUUUGCUUUGGUAAAUCUGUGUUCUCGGUCCCAUAACACCUGUCCUCUUCUACCGUCCCCCCUUUAUUUAAUGCUGGGGGGAGGGGCCCAAAGGAGGUGGAAACUUAAUCCUUGUAGGCUUAUUUUAUGAAGAAUAAGUUGAACG